ACAGGCAUGUGCAUACAGCAGCUGAUAUUGUUGGUAUCACGUUUAUAAGGUAGUAAAUGAAAGCAGUCAUUAAUUAAAAGAAGAUUGCCAUUUGCGGUUCUUUAUCAUUCUUAUAAUCGCUGAAAUGGGUGACAAAUUGCGACAUGGAUUAUCGAAAGAAGAGAUUGCUAAACAAUUUAUGCUACCCGAGAGGAAGAGCAAAAUUGCUACACUACUGAAACAAGAUGGUCAGGCAUAUUGUAUUUGCCGGAGUUCCGAUAGCUCUCGUUUCAUGAUAGGAUGUGACGCUUGCGAAGAAUGGUACCACGGGGAUUGCAUAAAUAUAACGGAGAAAGAGGCAAAACACAUCAAGCAGUUCUUUUGUGUUCGUUGUCGAGAAGAAGAUCCAACCUUGAUUACGAGGUAUAAGCCAAAACGUACAGAUCAAGAUGACCGUAAACAUAAGAAAUAUAAAGAGAAAGAAAGCAGUCAUAGAUAUGAAUACGAUGCCCCGUGGGAUCCUGCUGCAAUGAAAAAAUCUUCCAAGUAUUGUGGAGAGUGUUCAGGAUGUAUUCGAACAGAAAACUGUGGGAAAUGCGAUGCGUGCAGGCAUCUUAAAAAAUUUGGGCCAUCGGUAAGAUUAAAACUUCGAUGUGUUCAACGGAUGUGCAGAGCACUGGGAGCUCCUCUGAAACCUACAAAAUCUUUUAACAGACCGACAAAGCCUAGUAGAAAACGAAAACGAGACUCGAGCAAUGAAAGGAGCGAACACCUCGAACCUCCGAGACAAUGUUACGGUCCUGCUUGUACAAAGCAAUCUCGGCCAGGUAGCAAAUAUUGUUCCGACGAGUGUGGUAUGAAACUAGCCACAAACAGAAUUUACCAAGUACUACCGCAACGGAUUCAGGAGUGGUCAUUGACACCAUGUGUUGCGGAACAAAAUAAUAGAAGAGCUUUAGAAUCGGUUCGAAAGCAGCAGAACGACGUUAGACGAAUUCUCCAUGAACUGGAUAAACGUCAUUUAGAGUUAGAUAGGAUCGUUGAACGUGCUAAACAUGCUGUAAUCGAUUCUAAAGCUGAAAUUGACGAUAACGAUGAUGCAGAGAUGAGCAUGUACUGCAUUACGUGCGGCCAUGAGAUUCAUUCUAGAACUGCUAUUAAGCACAUGGAAAAGUGUUUCAAUAAGUAUGAAUCGCAAGCUUCCUUUGGUUCUAUUUUUAAAACUCGAAUCGAGGGACAGGUGAUGUUCUGCGACUUCUAUAAUCCAGUUAACCGGACCUACUGCAAAAGGCUACGGGUGCUGUGUCCUGAACAUUGUAAGGACCCAAAAGUAAGCGAUACCGAAGUGUGCGGCUGUCCACUCGUAACAAACGUGUUUGACAGUACUGGGGAAUUUUGUCGAGCACCAAAGAAAGUAUGCGUUAAACACUAUGUUUGGGAGAAGUUGAGACGAGCCGAAAUAGAUAUGGAGAGAGUUCGUCAGUGGCUUAAAAUUGACGAGCUGGUCGAACAGGAGAGACAAAUAAGAUCGAACAUGGCUACCAGAGCUGGAGUUUUGGCCCUCAUGUUGCAUUCUACAUACAAUCAUGAACUCAUGGAACAGAUGACACAAGAACAAAACAGAGAACAAAUGGCUGCAAUGGAGGAAGAACUUCAGCGAAGAUACAACGUACAUCCUAAAGAUCAAACCGAUUGUUAAAAAGUCUCGAGGACAAUAGUGCCGAUUGGACUAAACGUUUCAUUAGACAUAAGGUUAAGUUAAUGAUACGAGUGAUGUAGGUAGUUCAAAUUACUGAAAAACAUGUAAAUACGUGUUUUAUAUAUAUACUAUAAUUUGUACAAGUACCCUGCCACGUUAUUGUAUUAUAUGACUAUUUUGUACCGUUUAAAA